AAGAAUAUUUACCAGAAGCGGAGUGUUCUUACUCAUUAGAGUAUUGCACAGUACACGCGCAUUGAGAAAGAGAGAGACGGAGAAACAGAGAGUGGGGAGAGAUGUCAAGGCGAUCAGGGGCUUGCUUGAGGUGUUGUUUGGUGAUUUUUGCGAUAGUAUCAGCUCUGGCCGUGUGUGGCCCUGCUCUCUACUGGAAAUUCAAGAAGGGCGUGAGAUUGGGUGGUUCUGCUUCUUCUUCUUCUUGCCCUCCUUGCAUCUGUGAUUGUCCACCUCCUCUUUCCCUUCUUAAGAUUGUUCCGGGGUUGGCCAAUCUCUCAGUCACAGAUUGUGGAAGUAAUGACCCGGAACUCAAGCAGGAGAUGGAAAAGCAGUUUGUCGACCUCCUAACGGAGGAAUUAAAAUUGCAAGAAGCUGUUGUUGAAGAGCACAACCACCAUAUGAACAUCACACUGGCCGAGGCAAAAAGGGUGGCUUCCCAGUACCAGAAGGAAGCAGAAAAAUGCAAUGCUGCCACAGAAACAUGCGAGGAGGCAAGAGAAUGGGCUGUGGCAUCGCUUACAAAGGAGAAAAAGCUUACUUCCUUGUGGGAGAGAAGAGCCCGCCAACUAGGCUGGGGUGGAGAAUAAUUGUAUGAUUUUGAACCAUUACGCUUUACAUCCUCCGUAAUUUAUACUGGCAAAGCAAGCACAGCACAGUGCUUGUCUUCUUCCAAUAGUGAUGCUCGAACACAUGUACUCUUCGCAAUUGAAUUGAAUACA